ACGAGCAAACACGCGCCCAGCGACAGAACGAAUCGUUUUGUACGUAAAUUCAAUCAAAAUAUCGAAAACUACCCCUAAAAACUGAAAAUCGCAAUCAAUCAGCAAACUCCGCACAUAUCACUUAUAGUACCCUGUACUUUGUACUCAAAUCAAAGCUUUUCAUAUCAGAAGAAUAAAUUGGGUUGUUUUUUUGGUUUUUGAGUCGUGUUUUUUGAGAUUUUGCGAAUUUUGUGAGAAUAAAGCGCAGCACGAUGAGCAAACGCAGCAGUCGAACCCUGUUGUUUUGUUGUCUCGUCAGCAAUCUAAGCACCAUUUAAUUACGAGCACGCACGCACCUGUCGCACCCGCACCACUUUUUUCUGCACGAUUUUAAGAACGCACCGCACCCCGCUGCACCCCACCAGCAAGCGAGAGCACCCUCAACGCACCCGGGCAACCGACGCACUUUCAAAGAUGCAAAUAAACUCAUUGACGCGCAGUUUCGUCCUCUUCUGGUUGUUCUGCCACCAUCAGACGACGUCAUUCAACGUGCCGCGCACAAAUGACUACCGGCAGGCGAACACCGGCGAGGUGAUCACCACCAGCACGAAGGAGGCGGCCGCCAACCCCGAGCCGAGCUGCGAGGAGCUCAAACAAAUGUGGCGCUUCUCCAAGCGACAAUCACGCGCCGCCGAGAUCACCAACGAGAUACCAACUUACCGCGACCCAUUCUCGUUGAAUGUCUGGGAACCAUACGCUGCGGCACGGUCACGCAGCAUAGGCGGAAUGCGAAUAGGGUAUCGUGGUCGUCCAGUCUACGGCCGUGUCGUACACAAAGCGCCCCUCCUCCGCAUUCAGGACGUGGCUGAGCGCAACCGCGCGUUUGAAGAGGUCGCACGCUUGUACGGCUCAGUACAAAAGCAUCAGGAACCUCGACGGCGGCAACAAACCGCCUUCCGGUUCACAGGCGGAGAUAGAGUUAUGCACCACCCGAUGGGCGUGGCACCACAGGCGGGCAGUUUUCAACAUCUGAAGGAAUUAAUUCAAACGGAACGUGCUCGUGAACUGCGUGAACAACGACGCGCUGAAGAAGCAGCUGCGCGGAACGAGGCUUUGAAGGAACUUGCAAGGAACCAACAUCGUGCUCAGCUAAAUAACUACCGUGACGCAUACAAUUAUGAACUGGCAAGUGACCAAGAGGAACCAGAGGUGGCGCAGCAAGAAAAUAAGGCGAUUUUGGCAUUUCCCGAUUUGCUUGCGCCAGCGGCGCGCUUCGGCCCCGGGCCCAACGAGGCGCGUCUAAUCGAGGACUACAGCUACUUCCGAGAUCGACCCAGAAAUCAGCGGUCGUACUUUCAGCCGAGUUCCUUUGAGAAUAACGUGGAUGCUUUAGACGGUUUUAUGCUUUAAGCGUCGAAACAUUUCUCCAAGUUAUCUUCUCCUUCUCCUCGACUGUGCGGAGAUUUCUUCACAGCGUAUGUGUUUCCAAACAAAGAAAAACAAACAAAAGCAAGUAAACAAACACAAACAAUUGAUAAUCUGCGUCUCAACGGUACCAGAAACCAAAAUGUACCGGCUUUCAGCGCUUUCUAACUAAAAUUGAAUAAAAUAGAUGUUAAACUUAAUCAUAUCAGAGCAAACUUUUAGAGAAACAAAACGUUAUUCUAAGCUUAUGACGACUUAACAAUGUUAAAAUGGCGGAUGUGGUAGACACAAAAUGGCGGAUUAAGAUAUUUAAUAAGUGCUAAUGCUGAAGGGGUUACAGUUGAGGUUAAGUCAUACGUAUUUGACAUUUCGAAUGUAAAUUAAUGUUUGCAUUGACAAAUUUAAUAACGAAUUGUGUUUGUACGGCUGGCACAAAUACAAUUUCAGCAAUUGAUGAAGAAAACUAUUAUUUAUGAGCCCAUUAUAUGAAUAUUUCGUGCAAAAUAUUAAUUAACAUUCUGAAACGUGGACAAAUCGAUGGGAAAUUGACUGAAAUUGACAAUAGACACACAAAUAUUAAUGAAAACACAUGUAAAAGUUGAAAUAUCAGGAUUAGCUCAGGAUUUACUACAAAAGAAUUUAACCAUAACCAUAACCAUAAAACGUCACAAAAAAAUUAAAAUUUUGAGGUUACAAUCAAAUACACAUGAAGUGAUAAUUCUCAUUUCGAUUUCGCGACGUGUACAAUCAGAUCGAUCGAAAAAAUGGCAAAGUAUGAGUAUUUAAAUCGAAUUCUUCCAAAAAAUGAAAAAACAUUAAUUCUUGACGCGACAAUAUCACGAAUGACAAUAUUCCUAUAUCAGCGCCCAACACACACACAAAACAUGUGUACGAAUAUAUUUUAUCUAAAGAGAUGACAAAACUAUACGCGUAACAUAACCUAUCAUAAAUAUAUAUACAUAUUCUAACCUAAAACCUAACCUAAAUUGUAUUUACACUCGUAGCACACCAAGAAAUGGUUAGAGGUAUAUAUUUUCGAAAUGUUUGUAUAUACAAUAUCAUUGUGACACAGCUACAAAAGUUUCUAACCUCAAUUCACUUUGUUUCACUGUUACUGUGCAUAUAAAAUAUAUAACAGGGUCGCUUUUGCACAUUUAUUCGUUUCUGACAGCUGUCAACAUUUAUCAUAUGCAACUUGUUGUACAUAUCAAUAAAAACACUUGAAUUGCAUUCGUUUCAAACGAUUUUGUUCUGUGUCAAGAUAAUAAAACUAAAUAAUUCGAUAGAUAAAUAUAAAUGUGUAGGAAGUAAAUGACAAUAAUAUUGUAGUCAAUUGCAAAAACAACAAAAUAUAAACGCAGUCAAUACACUAAUGAGAAAUAAAAUUCUAGACGCCAAUUUUAUGAGUAAUAUUUACAUGCGCGGUGUUGGAUGGGAUGGCGGCGCGCGUCGAACGCACGUCAUUACAGGGCCAAUGCGUGUGCUCGACGCGAGCGCCAUCUGCCGGCGGAUAGCUGCAGACAAAAAAAAAAAAUAAAAAAUGUAAUGUGUAGUGUCGUAAGUGUGACAGUUGACAAUAAACGCUGACAAAAUAUUCUUACGCUAAGCGAUGAUGACCUUGUGGGCAAAUAUUCAAUGACAAACGACGAUGAAUUUCGAUAAUUUUGGUUAUGAAAUAAUAUGCAACACACAAAUCUAUUUGAUCUUGAAUUUUUCUGUGAUGUCGACAAUAUAUAUCUCAAAUGUUGGUUAUGUCGUGAUUUUAAUGAGAUGACAUGAUGCAGUUAUGUGUAUGGGGGAUCUCGUGCUAAUGAAGCGGAGAUAAAAAGUUGAAUAUCAAUUAGACGAUGAAGAAUGAUCAGUAAUUUUAUUGUGAGACUUGAUGACAAUGAUUACAUAAAUGAGAUAUAGAGAACGUAUAUAAAAUAUAUAAAAUAUUGUUUUAUAUUCAUGUAAAUAAAAUAUUUGUAUGUACCUACACACUAAAACACACAUUAUACCUAAUGAUAUAUUGAAUAUUCAGAAUAAAUUCAAUCCCUGCAAGCAAA